AUUACGUUUGAGAAAACUUUAAGAAAAUAGCGAAAUGUACGUGAUCUGGAAUCGUUUCCACCGGCAGCUUAUUAAUGCCGCUUAAUCUCUUGGUUUGAGAGAGGGCUGAAAGUGCCCGGAGUUGGUCCACUGUGCGGUGGGGAAGAAUAGAAUCACAUCAGCUUCACUGAAGACAAAAAGAUUCUUUGUGUCGGCUGUGAAUGUGAUGCGGUUGAAUCACCAUGACUGCGCAGGCUGAAUCUGUUGCAUGUGGACUGACUUCCCUUUCUGCAGUGUUCAUCACGGGACUCUCACAGAGCGUUCGUGAGAUGUACGAAUCUGUGUGAGAGGGUUCGGAAUGUGAAAGGCUGUCAGUUUUGGAAGUACGAAUCCGGUACGAAUGAGCUACCCUUCUAAUCUACUACAGCUGACAUUCUGUCGUCAGACCUACAUCCAUGGAUUGCUUACGGAUUAUCAGUUCACCCCGAUGACAUUCUCAACAGACUUCUAUUCUGUGGCUGGAAUUUGAACAAACACUGCCUCAGAGUUACAGUUUCCAGUGAUGGAGAAGAAACCCCCUGCUCACGUGGACAGACCGCCAGACUUACCCGGCUGUGUGACGACAAAGGAAGAGGAGAGUUACCUGGAAGUGGAGCAGGUGUACCGGUACGUCACAACAGGGAGCCUGUACAGGACACUGUCAGGAGUCAGCCGUCAGUCUACAAGGUCUCUACAUCUGGGACAGGACUCAGAUGUAUCAGAAAGCAGAGAGAGGUGGUCGUGGCGAGCUGUGGUGGUGGGCGUGGUGGCCUUCGUGCUGGCCAUUACACUCGCCCUGGCACUCAACUUCUCGGUGCCCACUGGCUCUUCUGACCAGGUUGAAGAAGAGGGUGAUGGGAUACGUGAAGAGUUACCCCCCAAGGAGCAGAAGCCAGGGACAACAGAGCAGCACAUGCUCAGGGCUACCCAGGAGUCAAGAACAGGUUUGUCUGCUGAAACCUCAACAUCUCCAACCAAUCACCUCACUACAGAUGUCACCACUCAGCCAACCAGUGUUACAGAGGAGACAACUUCAACUGUCACGACCAGCUCAACAGUAGACACGACCAGCUCAACACAGUCCGUCACACCAGCACCCACCUCCCCACCCACCAGUACCACCAGCAGUGCUGCUGUGACCACAUCCCUACAGCAUGUCAGCCCUACAGUAGCAGUCAUUGAGCUGUCCACUCUAGCGUCAUCCACACAACCAGUCUUUACAGAAAGAGGGUACAUACUGUACGGAGGUCCUGGACAGUACCCCUGUGCUGAUGCAGACAGGACAGCUGCUGUCAUCCCUGUGUACCAGGUGUGCGAUGGAACACCUGACUGUCCUGAUGGCAGCGAUGAACAGGAAAUGCUGUGCCCUCCCUUGGCGUGUUGGUCAGUGUUGAAGCCUAUCCGAAAUGCCCAGGACUGUGACAACAGAGUACACUGUAGUGAUGGCAAAGAUGAGGAUCCUGAAAGAUGUGCACCAUUUCAGUGUGUGGAUGGAAGUCGGCUGGUUCCUCGGUACUGGAAGUGUGACGGUACUGCCCAGUGUCCAGAUGGGAGUGAUGAAGACCCAGCGAUGUGCAGACCAUUCAGUUGUGCUCGUCAGCAGCGCGACUCCUCUGUCCCGUUUUUCCGAACCUGUGACGGUUUGAUGGACUGUGAUGACGGGAGUGACGAGUGGGCACCGCACUGCAGUGUGUGUGAUAUCGGCUGGAUGGAACACCAGGGCCUGUGUUUCCUGUUCUAUGUGUACGGUGAGCUGCCCUGGGCCGUGGCACGAGACGCCUGUCAGACGUUCAGCCCCGGUGCGGACCUACUGGUGGUGGACAAACCGGAGGUCAUCAACUUCGUCAGCAAAACUAUCAGGAGUCUGGACCCCAGGUGGAAGAAGGGGAAAGGGUUCCGGUGGUGGAUAGGGUUCCAAGGGCAAACUGGAGGGAAAGACUACGCAUGGUUGGAUGGGACGUCCGUGUCACCGUCAGCAGCACUACAGAACGGUCGCUGUGGAACGUUAAAGUUUCCGGGAGGAAGCAAGCCACAUCAGUACGCUGGGGAAACGUGUGAAAUCAAAUUGAACUUUGUAUGCAGGACUCUACCAAGACAAGUCAAGAGGAAUUGAGAAUUGAUAUUACAGGUAAACCUGUACAAGUACCUGUACAUCUGAAUCAGGGCACAUAGUGGCCAGUUUUUGUGGUCCCUUAGAUUUUUCCAUUGACACAAGCAUCAAGUUUAUAGUGACUGUGAUUACCUGUCUGCAUUUUAUCGGUUCCCUAAGUAGUAUUCUGAUGCAGAUUUGAUUAAAAGUAUUUUGUACACAACAAAACUGGUUUUAAAGAUAUCAGUUACUGUAAAUGCAGAAAUGUUUGCGGUGGAUUAAUGUUCGUAGUUUUUGCGGUAACCACUUCACCGCGAACUUAAAACCCGGAUGAUUGCGAAC